AUGCACGACCUGAAAGCGGAAAGUCUCCACGCCGUGGUUGACAUGGGCAGCAAUGGCAUACGAUUCUCCAUCUCCAACCUCGCGGAACCUACUGCGAGGAUUAUGCCCACCGUGUUCCAAGACCGAGCAGGCAUCUCACUAUACGACGCUCAAUUCUCAACAGCCGACGGCGAGCGUGGCCCGAUUUCGACAACAGUUAUCGACCAAGUAAUCUCACGACUGCUACGUUUCAAGAGCACCUGUGAGGACUUUGAAGUCCUGGAGGAGAAUAUCCACAUCCUAGCUACGGAGGCUACGCGAACCGCACCCAACUCCAAGGAAUUCCUCGAUAUAAUCAAACAGCGCACCGGAUGGGAUGUAAGACUGCUUUCGAAAGCAGAGGAGGGCCGCAUUGGAGCUUUGGGUGUUGCCAGUAGCUUUGCAGGCGUACAGGGCUUGGUCAUGGAUCUUGGUGGUGGCAGCACACAGCUCACAUGGAUGAUUGCUCGGGAUGGAGACGUGACGACGAGCCCCCGCGGGUCAGUCAGCUUUCCUUACGGGGCCGCAGCGCUUACAAGAAGGCUACAGGAUGCUCGAAGCAAAGGCAAAAGAGCGGAAGAUGACUUGAUUACAGAGAUGAAGGAUAAUUUCCGGAAUGCGUAUCAGUCUCUUGAUGUUCCUGAGGAUCUAGAGCAGGCUGCUCAGACACAAGGCGGAUUUGAUCUCUAUUUAUCUGGAGGAGGAUUUCGGGGAUGGGGAUAUCUACUUAUGAGCCGAUCUAGGUUGACUCCAUACCCGAUUCCAAUCAUCAAUGGAUUCGAAGCAGUGCCGAUUGAUUUUCAGGACACGGCAACUGUUAUGAGAACUGCUGCAGAAUCGGAAGAAAAGAAAAUAUUCCGUGUAUCUAAAAGACGAACAUCACAGGUCCCUGCUGUAGCGCUGCUUGUAAGAGUUCUGACAGAGAGUCUUCCUACAAUUCGGUCUGUGAGAUUCUGUCAAGGAGGUGUUCGCGAAGGCUUUCUUUUCGAUGGACUAAGGACUGAAAUUCGAAGACAAGAUCCCCUUAUUGUCGCCACUAUACCCUAUGCAAUGACUUCCGCGGAUAUCAUUUACGGGCUUCUUAGAUCUUCACUUCCUCAAACUCUAUCGCCUAUACAUUCUCGAUACGUUCCACACGCAUUUUCUCCAAGUCUACUACAUGCUGUGAGCAAUCUACUCUUUAUUCACGCAUCCGUGCCCAGGGAAACCAGACCAGCUGCCGGGCUUUACAGCACCACGACGGGAGUUUUAGCCUCUGCCAACAGCAUCGCACACAAAGACCGGGCAAUCAUCGCAUUGAUACUUUCUGAACGGUGGCCUGGAGAUCUGGCGCCAGUUGAAGAGUCUUUUCAACAUCGUCUUCGGCAGUUUGUGUCUCCUGAAGAGGCCUGGUGGUCUCAGUACCUUGGCCGCGUAGCUUCGUUAGUAGGAGACGUGUAUCCGGCCGGGCGUGUAGCCCCUGGCAUAUCACGUAUUCGUUUUGCCACGACAUGGGAACAAGUAUACAAAAAGAAGCAGGGUACGACUGACUCUCUGUGCCUGAAAUUUACAUUGAAUGAGGACUCGAGACAGACGGUCACGAAGGAAGCCCUCCUUGACCGCGUCGCUCAGAUCGAGAAGUGCGGGAAGAUGAAAAACUGGAUUAAGGCAGAGGACAGGAUACGAGCAGAUGAGAGACACGCCCGAGACUACGGGGUGAGCAUCGAAGUUGAGCUCGCUUGA